AUGGACAAGGACCUCGCGGGGGAUAUGAAGGCGCUUUUAGCCGCAUUGGGAAAGGAAGACGACGUGAGUUGUGGCAAUGGGACUGGCACUGCGGGAUCGACUUACCCCAGCGAUUCGUUAGAGGGUAAACUUGACCAAUUGCUCGGUGCUCUGCGGGCGAAUGGCUCCGACGUUUGGGAGGGAAAACCAUUGCAAGACGAUUUGGGAAUUCGAUUUGACUUCAAACAAAAGGGAAGCUCGGGAGAGCAAUCCCAUAAGCCGUCGGCGGGCAGCGAAGAAUCGGCAAAAGCUUCGUUGGAUAGUUUGAUGGAAGAGUACGUAGAGGCUGUGGGGAAGGUGCGCAUGACGGAGGGUUCUCCAGAUGAGUAA